AUGCUGAAAAACGAGGUGUAUUGCGAUAUCUCAUUUAGAGUCGGGGAAGAAGAGAAGCUUGUUCGCGCUCAUAAGUAUGUGCUAGCGAGCAGAAGCCCCGUGUUUGACGCCAUGUUUUAUGGUGACCUGCCGGAAGCUAAGGAAAUUACAAUCCCUGACAUUGAACCACCUUCAUUUGAUGUUCUUCUCAGAUUUUUGUAUUGUGGAGAUGUUGAGGUGCAUAACGAUACUGUCAUCGGAGCCUUAUACGCUGCUGAAAAAUACGACGUUGGGGCGUUAAAAGAAGCUACGGAAUCAUACUUAGACAAGAACAUUACAAAUGAAACUGUUUUCUCAGUUUUUGCAAAUGCAAAGUUAUUUGGCUUAGAAGCUUUGUCUAAAAAAUGCAUAGAAUUUAUCAAUGAGAAAGGCGCAUACGUGUUUCAAUCACAAUUUGCCCUACAGAUAAGUAAGGACACCUUAAAGGAAAUUUUAUCCUCAGAAAACCUAGAUAUUGAGGAGUUAAGAGUUUAUCAUUUUCUGAUAAGUUGGGGUGAAGGUCAGUGUGAGGUCAAAGGUUAUGAGAAGUCGGAUGAAAAUAUCAGGAAUCAGAUAGGAGACGCAGUGUAUCGAGUCCGUUUUCAGUUCAUGGAUCUAGAUAUGUUUGUUAAAAACGUUUGCAGACGCAACAUACUUACUUCGGAUGACAAAUUAAUUUUGCAGCAAGUCAUUGCUGGUAACAUGGAGAAAGAGAGCACAAAAUUUAAUCUUGGAAAGCGGAAACCUGCAUUGAAGACUUGUAAUGGUUUACGUAGUGGUAGCCAUUUUGAAAGUUGGAGGUAUCAUGAUCAUAAAAGGCGUAGACAGGAUCGUCAUACAGUGCCAUAUUGGAUGCAGCAUUAAGUCCCUUAUUGGAUGCAGCAUUAAGUCCCUUAUUGGAUGCAGC